ACACUGUGAAUCGAUCAAAGAUAUUCCUGAUAGUACAGCGCCCUCGAUUCAUGAUCCUAUUACAAGAUAUCGAAAUUCAUAUCUCAAUGGAGGAGGCGGAUCUGGUAAAACAACACGUGGAAUUCGAGUCUAUCAAAGUGUAAGUAUGAUUGUCUUUACACAUACGAAUGCAUUAGCUAAAGAUUUUCGAGAUAAACGUAAUGUAAGAGCCCAAACCUGGCAUAGUUUCUUUAGAUGGAAUGGCGUAGGAGAGUGGACACCUGAACGUAUGGGAGAGAAGAAAUUUCCACGAGUUGUUAUUUGGGAUGAGAAAUGUCAAGUAAUCUGUUGUGGAGAUGAUGCACAACCUCCGCCAUUCUUCGGAGAAAUGCCACAUAAUUGGUUAAAAGAGCGCGCCGAUUAUUAUGAAGAAGUUUUAACUGAUUAUCGUGCAAAAUGUCCCAAAUUACGUGAACUCAAAAAAGGCAUGCGUCGCAAAAAUAAUCGAAUACAAUCAAAAUUAUUUCGAGGAAUUCUCCCAACUAUAGAAAAAUGGGAAC